UUUAAUUCUUGACUCGACCAAAUCUAGGAACGAUCUGAAACGACUUGAGGGCUUCUGGGCCAAGAGACGUUGGAUUGGUAGCAGUCAUGUUUUGUCUACGAACGUGGCUUCCAGUCCUCUUCUUCAUAUCAAAUGUACCACCGCUUUACCUGGUGCUGUUCAUCUCGGCCAUGUACUAUUUGAAUCGACCGUGCGUCUAUUGCUCGCUGCUCCUCACCGUACUCGUCAUCUCCGUUUACGACUUCAACACCAACUGGUUUGAGCCUCAGCCCGAAUCCUCGUCUUCGUCUUCGUCUUCGUCUUCGUCGCAUCCCGGAAACUUGGCAGCGACCGCUCUCGGAGACAACAUUGCUGUUGCGACAUCAGCCAUACAGUCGGCGGCGGCGUCGAUCGCGCAGUCUGUUGCCGAUGGCCUCACGAAAAAGACAGGACUCGACGUACAAUCGCAAAUCAGUGUGGCAGAAUGGUUGAAAGAGUUGUUCAACAAGAAGGAAUGGCGCAUACCCUGCAUCGAUGUCGCUGUGAGGCUCUAGAAGAUUGGAUCACUGCCAUCCGAAAGACAUCUGGUCACCUUGGAGGUAUAAUGACAUGAGAAGCAUUUUCGGCGUUGGGUCACACGACAAAAGGGUACUUGGGAGGAGAAACAUUGCAUACUUGGAGUUCAGCGCGGCAUUGUUGAGCCUUCUGACAUAGAGAGAAUCAGUUCAAAUGACGGACUGCUGUCGAGCACUUUGGCUCCGCAAGAUAGGUGGUGGGUAUACUCGAGGACCGACAAGCGAGGUUCCUCAUUCAAUGAGAUGCCUCAGUCUACUAUGUUCGUAGCUCACCGAGACUAUGUCUGGUAGUGCCUUCCUGCUCGGAUACAUGACAAUGUAGGAAUAGCCACUGCUUUGCAUAGUUCUGUUGACCUGGGCUUUGACCAAGAAUAUUGUGCAAACCUAUAGCGUACUAUAGCCGAGCGGCUGAAAAGCAAUCCCCGCUUCCGAGUCAACGACUUCAUAUUCUC